UCCGCCUCUCGUUGUACUCCCUGAAGCCCGAUGGCGGCGGAGGCGGUGGUUGGUAGUAGCGGCUUUGGCCCCGAGCGGAUGCUGCGGGGGUUGAAGCGGGACGAGGAGCCGGGAGAUCCCGCGGGGGCUGAGGCGAAGCGGCAGAGGCUGGAGCCGGCGCUGACUUCGGGAGAGAACGGGGUGUCCGGCACAGCGGCCGCUCAGGACUCGAUAUUGGAUUUCAAAAAUCGUUCAGAACAGACGGAAAUCAUGGGUAGCCAGGAGCCAGCAGCCACCCCAGACACUAUGGUACAGCCGUACGCUACAGUUCCAUUCCCUCCCCCUCCUCCUCCUCCACAGAAUGGAAUUCCAACAGAGUACACUGUUCCACACACUCAGGACUACACAGGCCAGACUCCAGUCCCAGACCACACCCUGAAUAUCUACGCCGCCGGUCAGACCCACGGGGAGCCGAGUGGUACAAACGCCAGCGUGCAGCCUGUAUCUGGAACUGCCACACAGACAGAUGAAGCAGCACAGACGGAUGUUCAGCAGCAAACGCAGAGCACCGAGAACAGUGAAAGUAAACCCAUCCCUAAACGUCUCCACGUCUCCAACAUCCCCUUCCGCUUCCGUGACCCUGAUCUUCGACAAAUGUUUGGGCAAUUCGGUAAAAUCAUAGACGUAGAAAUAAUAUUUAAUGAGCGAGGCUCAAAGGGAUUCGGUUUCGUAACUUUCGAAUCUAGUGCUGAUGCCGACAGGGCGAGGGAGAAAUUACACGGCACCGUGGUUGAGGGCCGUAAAAUAGAGGUAAACAAUGCCACGGCCCGUGUGAUGACUAAUAAAAAGAUGGUCAGCCCUUAUGCAAAUGGCUGGAAGCUGAGUCCAGUGGUUGGUGCCGUCUAUAGCCCUGAAUUUUAUGCAGGUCCUGCAUCGUUAUCAUCGUUACCCUUUCACCUACAUCCUGUCGCCUCGACAGCACUCAGCCCGACACAUAACGUGCCUGGCUUCCCCUACCCCGCAGCCACCACUGCAGCCGCGCUCAGAGGUGCCCUGAGAGGUCGCGGACGGGCAGUGUAUAGUGCAUUCCGGGCAGCAGCACCUCCUACAGCCAUCCCCACCUAUGGAGGAAUAGUGUAUCAGGAACCAGUGUAUAGCAGUAAGUUACCGCAGGGAGGAUAUGCAGCUUAUAGAUAUGCACAGCCAGCAACUGCCACCGCAACAGCGUACAGUGACAGCUAUGGGCGGGUUUACACAGCGGACCCCUACCACACGCUCGCUCCUGCUCCCACCUACGGAGUCAGCGCUGUGGCUAGUUUAUACCGAGGCGGAUACAGCCGUUUUGCUCCCUACUAAAGUGAUGUGAACUCCUGCAAUGGGAACAGCCCUUUCCCAAGGCCUGGGUGUUGCAAUAUUACGAGUAGUGGAACUUUAUAGCAACUUCACAUGAGAAAUACACGAAAAAGAGAGGAAAAAAACAAUCCACAAGAGAGAAAGCUACUUUUUUAUACCUCAUUAUGUUCUUCUAAACAUGUAUUUUUUUUCCUUACGUUUCUGCCUUUAUUUUUUUUUGUUCCAAAGAUUGUGCAAAACAGUUUUUAACUGUGGUAUAAAGUGCAUUUCUUUGUGUGUGUGUGUGCGCACGCGCGCGUGUGUGAGUGUGUGUGCGCGUGCGUGUGUGUGUGUGUAGUGACAUUUAUGAAAUCAUGUUCAGCAGAGAAGAGAGUGAAACAAACAGGAAAAAAAAACAAAACAACUUAAGUCACAAGUAGAGGUUAGUGAAAGUCCAGAGUGGGAGGUGAUGCUUGGGGAGGCCGAGGGGGGCGGCCUGCAGUGUGUGAGAGGCUACAAUGGAGCUCAAUUUCAUUACACCUUGGAGACAUCACUGCGCACAUCUGGGUUGAAAACAAUAAUGGCCUAUUUUCCUAAGAGUAGACGGAUGUGUCUGCGCUUGUGCAUAUCCAAAGGGGAAGACUGUCAGCCUGUUCCUAACGCUGCUAAAUUGCACCGAGCUGAUGACAGCAACACAGUAAGGGGGGAGAAACCUUGAUGUUUCACAUUGUCUGAGCAGCCAGUGAACAGCAAAGGAUGUGCACAUUGGCACACGGGGCUUGUUUAUUUUCUGUUCCUGCUCGUGCCUCAGACUCGGUGGCUUUACAAAGCAAGGUUGUUAAUUACUUUAUUUUCUUUGACCCCCCAAACAGUUUUGUUGAGGAUCAAAUGCAUUGGGAUCCCAGUUUCAUGUAGCUUGCCUCCUCGUGCCCUGGUGGUGGACGCAGGGCUGGUAUUACACUACACAUUCGAUGUGACACAGUUUAAAAACGUUGGCACUAAAUCUGUGUUAUUUUUAAUGAUGUCAGGCCUCUAUUGUAAACAUACUGAUGUUAUUACCCAGUCAAACUAUCCUGUGGAAAGUGUGUUCUUUUCAGUGUAGCCUAAGAUAGAUGGUGAAGGGAGUCACAACCCAGGGAAUGUGCUCUUUACUUUCAGUCUGAAAAUUGGUGACUUUUUCAAUCAAACGCUUGUCCGACUCGAUCACCUGGUGCAAUGGUUCUGAUUUUUGUUGUUGUUGUUGUUGUUGUUUUGAGGCCUUUAUUUCAUUGACCGCUGUUUCUGAUCAGUUACACAGACUAGGAAUCUUGUUGGUGCUGUGCAGGAAAUGUAUGGAUUAGCUUCUGGGUUGCACUCACUUGUAAGAGAUGAAAGGAAAGGGGAAUGGGAAGGGGAUGAUUGUGGGAGUGAGUACGAGCUCAAAGCCAGCAGAGAUUUGUAGGAUAUUCAUGGUUUGUGGAGGGGGAGGGAGGGAGGGACACAGAGCAAGUCUGUUUCUUUAACAAGAAGCCACUACUGGUGAUGUUGGCAAACCUUUUAGAGGCAUUGAAGAUGCUUGAAAACCUUUAAAAGGAGCGUGGAAAAACCUGCUCGGCAGAACCCAAUGCCGGCCAAACACACUCAUCACCGGCCCAGUCUCUCGCUGGCUGAGCUGGAGAGCUUCUCAGUGUUGCUAACCUCGUGCUGUCCCCAAACCCUCAGUCUAUCAAGGAUAUUCCAUCUGUUAGUCAGCCCAGUGCCGGUGUAGGAACUCGGUUGGCGGUCGGGGUGGAGAGGGAUUGAGCUGUGCACGUUAGUUAGCAUUGUGGAAUGUGAUCACUUACUCUGAUCGUGGUAUCCACACUGUGCUCUGUAUUCCCACCGGUUUAGGAAGCUAUUCAAACAUUGUUUUGUUUUUUGGAAGAAAAAAAAAGGGACAUUAGAGUAGUGGACACAAACUGCCGCCCUUUUGGCCACCUUAAAUUAUAAUAUUGUUUUUGCAAGCCAAAGCGUGGUUUAUCGCUGUUAUGACAAUUAUGUUUUUUGUAUAUAAAUAUUUUAGUUGUCAUUGUAAUGGGGAAACCUUCACACAAACGUCUCAUCUCUCUGAGGAACGGACCUUAUAAAUAAAAGGUAACUUAGCGUCCUGCUCCAUGUUGUCCCCUGGUAGCUCUCACGACUAGUGUAACCACACUAAAUGACAAUAGAGGAAAAGUAGACCCACAACUGGCAUAUAUUAGCGGGGGAUAUUGUGUGCGACGCUGAGAUGUCAUUGACUUUAUAAUAAUCUAAUAAUCCCUUCAACCAAAAUAUAUAAUAUAUAUAUAUAAUAAUAAUUGGGUCACUCAAUCCACGACUGACUGUUUGUGGCACACUGCUGUGCGCAAUUGCCGGCCAAGUUUCGCCCACAAAGUAUAUUCAGUUCACUUUCCAGUAUAUUCUGUGAAACACUUUGAGACGUCUCUAAGACGUGAUGAGGCGCUGUAUCAAAUGCAAGGAUUAUUAUUAUAUAUAUGUGUGUGUAUGUAUUGACUACAAAUCACGAUUUUACUUUGAAUCUGUUUUAUGGUGUUGUGACCAGUUAUUGGUUCAGUGCCUUUGCACUACAGCUACAGUUUGCUUCACUGCUGAGCAGAUAACUAGAACAAUCUUAUUUCAUUUACCGAUUUAUUUUGUAGUGAAAUGUUUUGCUUUGCGUUUUCAAGGCUCAUUUGGUGACUGUGAGCGAGAGAGAGAGAGAGGGAAGGAAGGAAGGAAGAGGAAACAAAUCUCACUUCCAUCAGGAACUGGCACUUCACAGCUUUCCUGUAGGGAGUAAAUCAUGAUGGAACACCAUUUAGGUGUAGUCCGGUUGUGUGGGACUGAGUGUAGUGGGUGUGUGAGUGAGUGAGUGUGUGUGUGAGUGUGUGAGAGGGUAUCCGUGUGCUUUUGCCCUUUUACUGCCAGAAUAGGAAACUCGCUUUGUUUAGACGGCAGUGAGUGAGUUGGAGCCGCUCUCAGUGAAGGGGACGAUGCUGAUACUUGAACGAUUUGUCCUUGUUUUUGCUUAAAUUGGUUCUUCCCGUUCACAUUCACGCAGUUCACUCUGUAGCAGCACUAUUCCACAGUGUCCUCUCUCCCCCAACCCCACCCCCUUUCUCUCCCCGUCAUUCUUUCUCCCCACCCUCCCCUGAAGGCAAACCAAAGUUGGAGGGUGAGAGGCACAGUUGCCCUCUGUCAAAAGGAACCACAUCUUGAGCUGUCAGUCAGAGAGAGAGAGAGAGAGGUCUGUGGUGUGAGGUGUCCCUGAGUGGGGAAGGGCGAGGGGUCGGGGAGGCUGUGAUGUGGGAGAAGUUGGAAAGGGAAUUUAAAACAAAAACACUAAAAUAUAUUAAAAAAAAAGCUCAAAGCAAAAUCUUAAGCAGAUGGUAUUUUAACCUUCAUUUAAAAACUCAACUUAGUGUGAAAACGAUCUUUCUUUCUGCUUCGUUUUGUGAACGUUUCCCUGGAAGUGUGGUAUAUGAUAGCUGUUGUAGUAGCUUCAUCACCGAGCAGUAUUCAUUGGGUUAUAAUUAGAUAUAAUCAUGAAUGUUAAGUAGAUAGGACAUGGACUAUUAUUCCUUUUGUAUUACUUCCCAUGUAUAAAUUAUUGAUCUUGUUGCUGGCUUUUAUAAACUCGAAGGAGGGGACACCCUUCCCAACAGUAAUAAAGCACUGUUUUUAAUAAAAACAAAAAUGGUGAGAACACA